AGUCUGCACCGAAAUAUCCUGUUAGUUUGUUUGGAAUCGUUAUUUGAGCCAUAGACCAGAAAAGUGCUGUCAAGAUCCUAUUAUUAAUAACAAAAUUAAAGAUGGUCGAAGAUAUCUCCUUCGCUUUCGUUCAAGGAGUGAACCGGUAUCGAUAUCCUGUCAAACCACUGUGGUAUGGAUGGAUAUUCAUUUCAGCUACAUAAUCAUCACCGCCAUCCAUUUACAUAGGAGUUGUUUACGUGUGGAGAUCACUAGUUUCCGUGGAGGCCAGCAAAGCCAAUAUAUCCGCAUGAAUACAACUUAUGCCAAUGAGACCUUCCUGAUGGCCUACUUUGACUUUGUUGAGACAUACGUUAAUCCUAUUUACCGCAUAUACGUUACAAGGUGGACCUCAAUCAGAACUCCAGUGCUCCAACUAUUUAACGCCUCAAUUCGAGUAUGUGACAUGGAACGAUUUUCAUCACGGAAUCCAUUCAUAAAGGCUUUCACAACGGUAGCUCAAAAAAUGUCGAAUGUAACACUAACGUGUCCUUUAAAGGCUGGAAUGUAUUUUGUAAAGAUCAGAACGGGCGGGUUGAGGAAUAUAUUUCCACUGCGACUGCUUUAUCAAUCAGACUCCUAUUUAACCGUGCAUCUUGCACUUUUCAACGAAGUACAGAAAGGAAACUUGACAUUUCUAGCGGAUUAUUUAAUCAACUCCAUAGUAACUUCUGACUGUUAA